AUGCUGUCCGAGAGAUCAUUAGCUGACGUCAUAUGUGGAAUUUGUGGGACUGUCAGUCAAGUGUAUUUUGGAGAUGGAAACGAAAAGAACUGCUGUAGUGUUGAUGCGGUAAGUUCAUUAUUAAAAAAUGUUUUGUUUGCCAUGUUUAUUGUAAAACGUUACUCUGGUUUGCAAUCAUUUUAUAAUCAUGAUUCCUUUUAAUAUUAAAGCACAUGUGUCCUGCGACUGCGGGUUUUGGCUUGAAUUGUUGUUGGAUCUGUAUAGGUACUUACACAAAAGUGCUGCCAAACAACAUUGCAAUUUUGAUCUGCCAAUUGGUCCCAAUUGAUUGUGCAAUUUGCGGUGGCUUUUUACAAAAUGACUUAAAAUAUUCGGCAAAAGUUUCCUUUUUUAUAGUGUCUAAAGGUAACUAAUUGUUGCACUUCCCUUCUGAUAUCUUUUGGUCGAAACAUUUUAUUGAUGAGACUACAAAUAAAUGUUUCGACAAAAUAUUUCUAUAAGAUUGGCAACUGAAACAAUACAAUAGAUAACCAACUGUAAAAGGGCCAUAUAGCACCAAGCAGGCACUUUGCCCUCAAACGAGUGUCUUGUUAUUUAUAUAUAUAGAUAAAGUAUGAAGAUGAUAAAAGUGAUGAUCAUCUAAGUAUGCCGACGACUCUUGAGGACUUUAUUUCCAGUCUGAAAGAUAUAUGUAUUGAGAAGAUCAUCUUUACAUCUUCAAAUCUUACACCAAAAGUAGAAGCAUCAAAAGUACCACCAAUAAUUGCGCCAAGUCUGAGGGGAGAACGUGUUUAUAAUACUGAACUUCAGAAGAAAAGUGUAUAUCUGGGAAACAAAAUUUUAAAGAAAGAUGAAAUAAAUGGUAUGUCUUUUUGUACAUGAAUGCUUUGCAAACAAAUUAAAUGUGAAGUAGAAGCAUCAAAAGUACCACCAAUAAUUGCGCCAAGUCUGAGGGGAGAACGUGUUUAUAAUACUGAACUUCAGAAGAAAAGUGUGUAUCUGCGAAACAAAAUUUUAAAGAAAGAUGAAAUAAAUGGUAUGUCUUUUUGUACAUGAAUGCUUUGCAAACAAAUUAAAUGUGAAGUAGAAGCAUCAAAAGUACCACCAAUAAUUGCGCCAAGUCUGAGGGGAGAACGUGUUUAUAAUACUGAACUUCAGAAGAAAAGUGUGUAUCUGCGAAACAAAAUUUUAAAGAAAGAUGAAAUAAAUGGUAUGUCUUUUUGUACAUGAAUGCUUCGCAAACAAAUUAAAUGUGCAUGCAUAAGCAAAGCUUGUGUUGAGGGCAUCAAUAUCAAGGGCAAAUAGACCAUUUCUAAAUUUUGUUACGGCUUAAACAAAGAACACAUGCCAACAUUUGGAAUGGAUUUUCAAUGCUUCUCUUUCCAGGCGAUCCUUUACUGCUAUAUGAAAAAAUGCAAGAGUUAGAUCAUCGCUUGAGGCAAUGUCUGAUAGCAAAACCUUUCUCAUUGCAAAACCUUUCUCAUUGUCCAAGGUAA